CAUUUAAGAUGCUGACUUGUUUAUGUAAAGGGACAAGUGAAUGACUUUGCUGGGCUCUUGCAGCUCCAUUUUGACACCUGUUUGAAGCUUCUUUUUUUCCUUUCUCUCAACUUUGUCGCAGGCGCAGGGAGUUUAAAGCCUGUUUUGAUGCUGAUUUGUGGUUGAUACACAUCUUCAGAUAGCAGAGAACACGAGAGAGAGAGAGAGCGAGAGAGAGAGAAAGCGUGAGACUGAGGGGUUUGAUAAGCUGGGUUUAGUAGUGGAGCUCAGUCUAGUUGGUGACUGGUAGGUGGGCAGCCCUCAAACCCCCAGCAGCUUUUACGUCCUGCUGUCGCCGGCCGGGCUGCAUAAACUCAUAGGGGACACGGAGGAGGAGAAGCAGAAGGAGGAGGAGGUGGAGGAGGAACAGGGUCAAGCAUGGAGCUGUAGGGACACGCUCAGAUGCCCGUGUGGAUCACCAGUGGAGGAGGAGUGCUGUCCAGGAGAAGAGCUCUGCCAUGAACAAGACCAAGAGGAAGUCUAAUGUGGAGAGCAGGAGGCUGGUCCCGCGGAGGAGGAACACAUGUCCCAGUCCUCAGGACAUCAGCCGGGCUCUUCAGAGCCCCAGCUCGGCCCCCAGCGCCAGCGCCGCCAGCCUAGAUGAGCUCAUACAGCGCUGCCUGAACUGCUUCGAUUCAGAGGGGAAACUCUCCAGCCCCAGAGGGUCUCAGUUGGUCCACAUGACCCUGAUGAUGCACAGCUGGGUUGUGCCAUCUCAGACAUUCGCCCAGAAACUUCUUGCUUUUUAUAAGGACUGUCCUUCUGAUAAGAGAGGACUGAAACGGUCACAGACCUGCCACCUUGUCCGGCGGUGGAUCAGCCAGUUCCCAGCAGUGUUUGAGGCGGACCCCCUCCUGGAGCAGACCAUGGGGGAUCUGUGGGCGCUGGUUCGGUCGGACCGGGAGUUGUUUCCCAGGAGCCCUAAUGUGAACAUAUCCCAGGCGCCCUCACCCUCCGUGAAGAAGAGGAAGGUGUCGUUGAUCUUCGACCAUAUGGAGCCAGAUGAGAUGGCUGAACAUCUGAGCUAUUUAGAGUUUAAGAACUUUUGUAACGUCUCGUUCCUGGACUAUCGCAGCUACGUAGUCCGAGGCUCGGUGAGGGACAACCCGGCCCUGGAGCGCUCAGUCAUGAUGUGUAAUGGCGUCUCCCAGUGGGUUCAGCUGAUGAUCCUCAGCCGACACACGGCCCAGCAGAGAGCGCAGGUUUUCACCAAGUUCAUCCAUGUGGCUCAGAAACUUCGCUCCCUUCAGAACUUCAACACUCUAAUGGCAGUGACUGGAGGCCUCUGUCACAGCUCCAUCUCCCGGCUCAAAGACACCGCAAAUCUACUGCCUCCUGAUGUCACUAAGGCUCUGAGUGAGAUGACGGAGCUGCUCUCAUCACGCAGCAACUACAGCAACUACCGGCGGGUGUAUAAUGAAUGCAGCGGCUUCAAGGUUCCCAUCCUCGGCGUCCACCUGAAGGACCUGAUCUCGCUCAACGAGGCCCUGCCGGACUACGUGGACGGGGACAAGAUUAACCUGGGCAAACUGCAGCACCUGUACAGUAACAUCAACGACCUACUGGCCAUUCACAGCUGCACUCCACCGUUCGAGGCCAACAAAGACCUUCUGCAUCUGCUCACGUUAUCUCUAGAUUUAUACUACACCGAAGAUGAGAUCUAUGAACUCUCAUACACCAAGGAACCCAAGAACCCCAAGAUCCAGCCCGUUGCUCCAGAUAAACCGCCGGUGGUGGCCGAGUGGGGUUCAGGGGUCACGCCCAGGCUCGACCCCGACACCAUCUCCAAACACGUCAAACAGAUGGUGGAUUCGGUCAUGAAGAACUACGACCAGAACCAGGACGGCUACAUCUCACUGGAGGACUUUGAGAAAAUUGCAGCCAACUUCCCCUUCUCCUUCUGCACUCACGAAACUGACAGGCAGGGACAGAUCAGCCGUGAAGAAAUCACCUCUUACUUCAUGAGGGGAAUGUCUGUGUGCGCCAAGUUAGGAUACAACUUCAACGACGCGCAUAACUUCCACGAAACAACGUACAAACGACCCACGUUUUGCGACACUUGUGGAAACUUUCUUUGGGGCGUCAUCAAACAGGGCUUCCACUGUAAAGACUGUGGGAUAAACUGUCACAGACACUGCAGAGACCUGGUGGGAAUCGAGUGCCUAAAGAAACACAAAAACACCACCGGAUCCUGCCCCUGCACCCCGGCCCCUGACUCCAGAACUAAAGGCAACAGCUGGAGUUCAGAGGAGGACACCUUUGUUUUCCCCCAAAGUAACGACUCCGAACACAACAAGGGAUCUCCGCUUUGGAAAAAUAACACCAGCGAGUCGACGCUGUCCGACCGAUCCACUCAGACAGAUCCCGGAGUGUGGACGCCAGAGAAGAAGGACAAGAGGGGGAAUCAUCACCACCUCCUGGUUCAUGGGUCGUCAGACAGAAAGAUGAACACGUUGCCUCAGAGAAGCCGUGGAUGCUCCAUGCCCGUUUCCUUCCUGCAGGAGAAGAUGGAGGAGCUUCAUCUCUACAAAGACAAGAGCCGAGAGCCCGACUGAGCCUGACUCCGCCCCCUUAACAACCACGGACUAAACCUGCAGACGGCGCCGUGUCUGACCAGGCCUGACACUGGUGUUGGACUGAUUCACUGAUUCAGAGUGCUGGCGGUGACAAACGGACUCCUUCAUGUGUAAAAUGAUGUGUUUUCCAUCGUAUGUUUGUGUGCCUUAUUAGUUUGGCUUAUUGUUUAGGCAUCUUUCUUCACUGUAAUUUAUGGACACUCACUGUGUUUCCUUUGGUUCUUUGGUGCUAAACAACCUCCGAUCAUAAAGUCAUCUAUGAAAACCUACA